AUGACGUCUUCCAGUCUACGUAGACUGCCUCUUUUCCUCACUUCUUUGACAUUUCUUUUGCCGUUAAUUGCUGCAUUAGGCCAAGAUCCAACAAUCACAACGACAAAACCGACAAAUGGCACAUCUUCUCACUUGCAGAUAGCAGGUAAAGGGCUCAAUGCACAGAUAUUAGUGAGUAAAGAGGAAUGGUGGGGUGUGUUGAGGGUGGCGGAGGAUCUGGCUGGUGAUUUAGGGAAGGUCGUUGGAGAGAAUUUGACGUUGGCUUAUUGGAAUGGAAAUGCUGGACCAAAUCUUUCUGCAGGAAGUUCUGGUUUUGGUGGUGGUGGAAACGGAAAUGAUCACCCACCACCUGAAGGGAAUAAUGGUAAUGGAGAAGGCGGAGUGGUUGGUGAUAUCGCCAACCCAGGUGGUGAUUUGGGACAUAACGCAACGGUUGGUAGUAACGGCAGCGGUGCAAUCGAGGUGCUUUAUACUUAUAAAGCACCUACUAAUGAUGUUAAUUAUACCGUUGGUCCAGAACAAAACUUCACUGGUCCUACUCUACAUCCAUCUAAUCCUUCAUCAACUGUCCUUAUUGUAGGGACUCUCACACAGUCACCACUGAUCACCCAACUUAUCUCAUCCGGUCUUCUAGACCCGAAUCCCAUCAAAGGAAAAUGGGAAGCCUUCAUGUCCGUCAUAAUUCAAAAUCCUCUCCCUGGUAUCCAGGAAGCAAUGGUGAUCGUGGGAAGCGAUCUCAGAGGGACCAUAUAUGGAAUGUAUGAUAUUAGUGAACAAGCAGGUGUGAGUCCGUGGUGGUGGUGGGCGGAUGUCCCAGUAAGAACCCAAGAUGGUGUUUGGGCUUUAGAUCCAAACGCGACACAGCAGCGUAGACCAGGACAAGGACGACAAGGAGGAUCGGGACAGAUGGGUCCGCCACCUGGACCUCCAAGUGGAGGAAUGCAAAUCUUGAAGAUACAGGAUACGCCGAGUGUGAGAUACAGGGGAUUCUUUUUGAAUGAUGAACAGCCUGCAUUGACGAAUUGGGUCAAUGCGAAUUAUCCAAAAGGAAAAUAUGGUGCUGGAUUUAAUCAUUACUUCCAUUCCCAAGUUUUUGAACUCCUAUUAAGAUUAAGAGCGAAUUACUUCUGGCCCGCUCAAUGGGAUAGUAUGUUCAAUGUAGACGACUACGCUAAUCAACCAUUGGCGGAUGCUUAUGGAAUUGUGAUGGGUACAAGUCACACAGAACCAAUGUCGCGUGCCACCAAAGAAUGGUCUACUUUCGGCAAAGAAUAUGGCGGAAAUGGACAGUGGGAAUACGACACCAACAAUGCAUCGGUCGCGCCUUUCUUCAAAUACGGCGCUGAGCGUGCUGCUCCCUAUGUUGCCAAUACUCUUUUCACGAUGGCCAUGCGUGGAUCCGGUGAUACUGCUUUGUCUUUGACUCAAGCGCAGGCUAUCUCGGUACUAGGGGAUAUAGUAACGAAACAGAGGGAGAUAUUUGGGGAAGUAUAUGAGGGCAGGAAUGUCACUGAGAUUCCGCAAAUGUGGUGUUUGUAUAGUGAGGUUCAGGGAUAUUAUGAGGCGGGGAUGACGGUUCCAGAUGAUAUUACUUUGUUAUGGGCGGACGAUAAUUUUGGGAAUGUAAGACGGUUACCAUUGGUUAACGAGACGAGUAGAAGUGGCGGUUCUGGUGUCUACUAUCAUGUGGAUUAUGUUGGGUCUCCUCGAGACUAUAAGUGGAUUAAUACUAUUCAACUUGAAAAGACUGUUGAACAGAUGCAACUUGCAUCCGCUCGUCAAGCAAACCGCAUCUGGAUGCUCAAUGUGGGUGAUUUGAAACCCCUCGAGAUCCCCAUAAACCACUUCAUGGACCUUGCCUACAACACACCUCAAUGGGGUUACGAUUCCGUCCCCACGUGGCUCAACUUAUGGGCAACUCGAGAAUUUGGCCCUGAGUACGCUUCCAACAUUUCAAGCAUCGUGGACACAUAUGGUAUGCUGGCUGCGAGACGAAAGUACGAAAACAUCGAUAUGACAGUUUAUUCGGUUAUCAAUUACAACGAAGCUGACGCCAUUCUCGCACAAUGGGAUGAAUUGGCCCAAGAAGCUCAAGCUUUUUAUGAUAAAUUGGGAGAUGAUUGGAAACCAGCUUAUUAUGAGAUGAUUUUACAGCCAGUUCUGGGAGGACAGGUUGUCAAUCAGAUACAUAUUGGUGCGGGUAAAAAUGUGCAUUACACGCAGCAGAAGAGGAAUGCUGCCAACGAAGUCUUCCAGGAGGUAUUGGAGGCUUUUAAGAUGGACAAUAAUUUGACGCAGAGAUAUCAUAAUUUGCUAGAUGGAAAGUGGAAUCACUUUCUUGAUCAAACCCAUCUCGGAUACGAUUACUGGCAACAACCAAUGCGCAAUGCUCUCCCUCCAAUGUCUUAUGUCCAAGCUCUCGAAACUUCUCUCGCGGGAAACAUCGGCGUCGGAGUUGAAGGAUCAAAUGCCACAGUAUCCGGAGACGACAAUUAUCACACGCUUUCCUCGGAAGUAUUGACUCUACCUCCCAUGGAUCCAUACGGACCACAAACUCGCUACAUCGAUAUUUUUGCUCGCGGACUCCUCGGUUGCAGCUGGACCAUCAACACCUCUCAACCAUAUGUUCACCUCUCCCCAACUUCCGGUACAACCGGCGGCUCAAACGGCACCGACACCCGCGUCUACGUCUCCGUCGACUGGGCCUCCGCACCCCCAGCCCCCAACAGCACCAUCGCAACGCUCCUCAUAACCUCCUCCUGCGAAUCCGGACAGUGGGGAAACUACGCUCCCCCUUCCGUCCUCCUCCCCGUAAACAACACUCUCGUUCCCUCAAACUUCACCACCGGCUUCGUCGAAUCCGACCGCCACAUCGCCAUCGAAGCACACCACACCUCCUCCUCCACCUCCAUCAACGGCACCUCCUACAUCACCCUCCCCGGACUCGGUCGUACCUCCUGCGGCGUCACGCUCUCCCCCGUCCUAGCCCCCACGCAAAACACCACGCACGGCCCCGUCCUCCUCUACAACCUCUACACCUUCACCCCCGUCCCCCUCGCCAACAUCACCCUCUUCAUCUCGCCCUCCCUCAAUCAAAACGGCCGAGAACGAACCCUCAAAUACGCCAUCGCUCUCGACGACGAAAACCCCCAGAUCAUCCAAUUCGUGCCCUCGAGCGUCUCGACCGCCAUCUUCCCAGUCGGAUGGGCCGGCGCCGUCGUCGAUAAUGUCUGGGGACAAAGUAGCGGGAAUACGACGACGACAAGGCAUACGGCUUUGAAGGUUGCAGGGGCGCAUACGCUGAAGAUUUGGGCGAUUGAACCGGGUGUUGUUUUUCAGAAGGUAAUAAUCGACCUCGGCGGCAUCCGCCAAAGCUACCUCGGGCCCCCCGAAAGUUUCCGAAUCGGAGGCAGCGAAGCGAUCGGGAAAGCGAAGACAAAUUUCGCCGGCGUGGAUGUUCGGAAGUGGGCUAAGGGUGUUGUUUGA